ACUUAACAAAUUUAAUGAGCACGCGCAGUUACUAUUUGCGAGGCCAGAAGGAAACGAAAGAAGUCUUAGAAGAGAGUAAUCAUAGAAGAUAUCUUAAGAAUAUACUUAAAAUGGCAGCUGCUUCAACAUCGUUGUGGAUGGGAGAUUUGGAUCCUUACAUGGACGAAUCCUUUAUUUCUAUGGCUUUUAAACAAAUGGGGGUCGCAGUCAAAGGAAUUAAAGUCAUUAAGAGUAAAACAACAGGGUUGCCGGCAGGAUACUGUUUUAUAGAUUUCCACGAUCCAGAAAAUGCUCACCAAGCCAUGCUGAAGCUGAAUGGAAAGAACAUCCCUAACAGUAGUCCGACAAGACGUUUCAAGUUAAACAGUGCCAGCUAUGGAAAAGAACACCUAUCAACUCCAGAGUAUUCCCUGUUUGUGGGUGACCUGACAGAAGAAGUAGACGAUUACACACUGUACCAGGCGUUCUCCAGAAGGUUUAAGUCUUGCAGGUCUGCAAAAGUGGUCCUGGAGCCGAGUGGUAAGAGCAAGGGGUACGGUUUUGUGAGGUUCACAGAGGAGACAGACCAACAGAGAGCCCUGAUAGAAAUGCAGCACAUGCAAGGGGUCGGGAAAAAGCCAAUACGUGUCAGUCUUGCCACACCAAAAAGGCCAAUGGCACAAGACCCCAACUCCACGUACUAUGGGAACUACUAUGGCCAGAAUUACUACAACAACCAGUACUAUAAUUACUAUGGAUACAAUGCCUACAAUCAGUACUAUGAUCCAUACAGUAACUAUAAUAAUUAUUAUGAAACCCAACAAGAAGAGGACAUGGAAGCAUUAGAAGAACCUGAAGUAGAGGUAGAUGUAUUCAGAUAUAACAAAGACUACAUGGAGCAAAGUGAGGAGAUCUUUGAUGUGCUUGAACUUUCUCGAUGGACUCCACUAGAUUCUGUGAACUCCAAACUUCCAACUGUUAAACUGGUGUAAAUGUUCCGUUGUUUGGAGGCUCCUUUUCAAUGGCAACUAGACUUCCUUUUAAAAACUCAUGGCAAUUUAAUGAGUGGACCAGUUGUGAACAUGUGUUCUGUUGAUGAUAAAUUUUGUUGAUUUCAUAAUUGUGAAAUAUUGACUAUUUUUGAUCAGAAGUAAAAUCAUGUGAUUUUUUGUAUAUAUUGAAAUAAAAUAUUGUGCAAUCUU